AUGACGGUCCCCGAGACACGAGUCGUCUCCGUACAACGCCUCAACCAGGGACCAGGAUCUCGAUCACUGGCGGAAUGGUGGGCCGACGAGCGCAAGAGCCAGACACCCGAAUCGCGGGCCAUCGAUGAAGCGGCUCAGCUCCUUCGUACUAGCGAUAUCCCUGUGGCAUUUCCUACCGAGACGGUGUACGGCCUCGGCGCCGAUGCCACACGCAGCACAGCCGUUCAAGGCAUCUAUCGCGCAAAACAGCGGCCUUCGGACAACCCGCUGAUCGUCCAUGUCGAUUCUCUAGAGAUGCUGGAUCGUGUCUUGAAUUCGAACUAUGGCCAGAAUAGCGCUGGAACCAAGACACCGCGUAUUUCCAUCCCCCCAAUCUACAAGUCCGUCAUCGACAAAUUUUGGCCGGGCCCGUUGACGAUCAUCUUGUCGAAUCCCUCUGGGUCCGAACUGGCCCCCGAGGUUACCUCUAACCUGACAACCUUCGGGGUGCGCAUGCCCUCAUCACCGCUGGCUCGCCUGCUCAUUCAUGCUACGGAUCGCCCUCUGGCUGCACCGUCGGCGAAUGCCUCGACCAAACCUUCUCCCACUACCGCACAACAUGUCUAUCAUGACCUUCACGGCCGCAUUGAUCUCGUCCUUGACGGUGGACCAUCCGGCGUCGGUGUUGAAAGCACUGUCAUUGACGGACUGUGCGAUCCGCCAGCGAUCCUCCGACCCGGCGGCAUUGGUAUCGAGGAGCUGCGCGAAUGCGCCGGCUGGGAAAACGUUGGAGUAGCGUAUCACGACGGCACUCUCGAUGUCAAGGAGAUUCCGCGUGCGCCCGCUGGAUCGAGCCCCGAGAGCGUGACGCGCCAUGUCCAGAAAGACCUGCACGAUAGCGCCAUCGGGGCACACACCAUCGGCAUCGUGCGCACCCGUAACUGGGCACAGGGAAUGGGCCUCGCGCCAGCAGAUGUUCUGGCCCGCACACUCACCCCGGUUUCCUCGGCCAUCGAGGGCGUCCUCAGUUUUUCCCUCCCGGUGCAAGAGACAGGUAGUCCAAACAGUCGCACCAAGGUGGCCUAUGACUAUCACCUCGGCUCGGACACGGGCGCCAUUGCCCACGGGCUGUUUGCGGCUCUCCGCGCUCUCGACGAGUUCGACGUCGAUGUCAUUUAUGUGGAAGGUAUCUCCGAUCAAGAUGGCGAUCUGGCUGCUGCCGUGAUGAACCGUCUCCGCAAGGCCGCCGGGGCAGAGAUGAAGGUCUAG